GACGGAGCGGGGUGCGAAGAUGGCGGACGAGGAGGCCGAGCAGGACACCAGCGGCAGCCCCAACGGCAGCCUGGGAGCCGAGCGCGGCCUCCUGGAUAUGCCGCGGCUGAAGGAGCGGCUCCUGUCGCUGGAGGCGGCUCUGAGGGAGAGCGACGAGGGGACCGUAGAAGCGGCCAUUGAGUACUGUCACCAGCUCUGCCAGACACUUCUUGAGUAUGCAGAAAAGUGGAAGACAUCUGAAGAUCCCUUGCCCCUAUUGGAGGUUUACACAGAGGCCAUACGCAGUUACGUUAAAGCACGACCUUACCUUACCUCCGAAUGUGAAAAUGUAGCUGUUGUGCUUGAACGCUUAGCCCUAAGCUGUGUUGAACUUUUGCUCUGCCUUCCUUUUGAACUGCCUGAAAAUCAGUGGAAAGAAUUUCAGUCCUUUAUACAGGUGGCACAUACAAAGUUGAUGGAGAAUGGCAACUGUCAGUUACAUUGUUUAGCUCUUCUUGCCCAAGAGAAUGGGAUAUGGAAAAAUCCUGUUCUUUGCAGUAUUCUUUCCCAAGAACCAGUGGAUCAAGAUAAAGUGAAAGGAGAUGAUACAGCCAGGAACAGAAGCGUCAGAAGAGAAGGAGAUGGGACGCCGGAGACAUUUGUGCCAAAAUGGAAGCAGCAAAUCACACCAAGUAAAGAUGGCGCAUAACAGGCUUCAACAGAACCAUCGACUCUAAUGGCCACCAGUUUAGCCGUGAGCAGCUACAAUGGCAGGCCAAACUCCCAAAUCAAAUCCCCUCAAAUCAAAUGGCUGAGAUAGCAAAGAUGGAACAUCCAGGGGAUGACAUCGGGGUUGGGAAAGGGCAGCCAUUUUGCUCAAAUGAGCUUAUGGAAAUAGUCAGAACAGAUUAAUAAGACCUAUAAUCAUUACCAAGGAAAAUUUAAGCAGAGUAAGACUUUUCCAGUUUUUGAUGUCUGACUGGGACUCAGAUGUCACUUUAGCUGUGGCCGAGUGUUCAGCAUUACUCAUAAAGCAAGGGAUGAUUAUAUGUUCCAAUCCGGACACUGUUUUAUGAGCUUUUAAAAUGAUUUAUAUUAAUUCCAAGUUUAAUAUAUUUGACACUACCUUUUAUAUUUUGUUCUCUAUGUACAGUAUUUAACU